AAACCAAAACUCAUCAUCACAAACGAGUAAGAAUACAAACACAAAUAGCAAAAAAAUGGCAAACAAGCUCUUCCUCGUCUGCGCAACUUUCGCCCUCUGCUUCCUCCUCACCAACGCUUCCAUCUACCGCACUGUUGUCGAGUUCGACGAAGAUGACGCCAGCAACCCCAUGGGCCCAAGACAGAAAUGUCAGAAGGAGUUUCAGCAAUCACAGCACCUAAGAGCUUGCCAGAAAUUGAUGCGCAUGCAAAUGAGGCAAGGCCGUGGUGGUGGUCCCUCCCUCGACGAUGAGUUCGAUUUGGAAGACGACAUCGAGAACCCACAAGGCCCCCAGCAGGGACACCAGAUCCUCCAGCAGUGCUGCAGCGAGCUUCGCCAGGAAGAGCCAGUUUGUGUUUGCCCCACCUUGAGACAAGCUGCCAGGGCCGUUAGCCUCCAGGGACAACACGGACCAUUCCAAUCCAGGAAAAUUUACAAGACAGCUAAGUACUUGCCUAACAUUUGCAAGAUCCAGCAAGUUGGUGAAUGCCCCUUCCAGACCACCAUCCCUUUCUUCCCUCCUUACUAAUAGAUUCCAAACAAAAACCCUCGAGCGUAUGAGAGUGUGGUUGUUGAUACAUGUUAACACCACACCUCAUCGUGUCUUUUAUGAAAAUGUAAGUUUUGGAUGUUUGAGGCUAAAUGUAUUUAGCACAAGUCCUUAAUAAAUAAGAGUUUUGUUUAUGUUUCAUUUUC